AUGGAGAACUACUUGUGGGCAAUGGGGAUCAAUUAUGAGCCCCGAUUCUCAGAAUGCAGGAUUGGCCUCACCAAGUUUGUUUGCAUAUUAACAAUAAUUGAUGACAUGUAUGAUGUCUAUGGAUUUCUGGAUGAGCUUGAGCACUUUACACAGGCAGUAUGUCGAUGGAAUAUGGAAGCAAAGGAGGAGCUUCCCGAGUACAUGAAGCCAGUUUAUGCUGCCAUGCUCAAAUUUGGCAACGAAUUAGCUGAUAACGUUUUUAAAAAUAAUGGUUUGGACGUCCUCCCUUAUAUUAAGAAAGAGUGGGUAAAUCUUUGUAAAUCAUAUUUGGUAGAGGCACGGUGGUUUUACGGAGGAUACACGCCAACUUUACAAGAGUACUUAGACAACGCAUGGACUUCAGUGGGUGGCCCUGGUGCUCUUCUCCAUGCUUAUUUGUUGCAAGGAUUAGGAAGCCACCUCACAAAAACUUCACUUGAGUCCUUUAAGCAUGGCUCUGAAAUUGUAUAUUGGUCAUCCCUCAUGACUCGACUUAGUGAUGAUUUGGGCACUUCCAAGGCUGAAAGUGAGAGAGGUGAUGUGGCUAAAGCCGUAGAAUGUUACAUGGAAGAAAAGGGCACAUCUGAGGAAGAAGCACAGCACUACAUAAACGAUUUGAUCUGCUAUUCAUGGAAGAAAAUGAAUGAGGAGAGUGCAAAAACUAGCAUGAUACCAAAAUCAGUUGUAAAAAUGUCACUCAAUAUGGCGCGGACUGCUCACUCUAUCUUUCAACAUGGCGAUGGUAUUGGAACUUCAAUUGGGGUCACCAAAGAUCGUUUAAUUUCUUUGAUUGCAAAUCCUAUUCCUAUAUAUCAUGAACACAAGUGA